CCCACCUCUGAUCUGAGUAUAAGAUCUGAGCUAUACGUGCACAGGUGUAUACCUUCAUAUGAGACUUCUCUUGCAUCUCCAAAAACAGCCUGAGCACAGUCUUCACUUGUUUUAACCCUAGUUGUUUGGACAUUGGAGUACCUCAGAAUAUCUGUUCUCGCCGUCAUCGACCCACCUCACCACAAAAUAUCCAAUAAUCCAGAUUUCACGCGCCUUGUCCCCGGGAUUCAAAGGCCCAUCAACAUGUCACCUGUCCUACUUCAGGACGAGCCUGACUCUGACGAAGAUGUCGAGUUUGAAGACGUCCCAAUCCUCCACCAAACCAGAACCCAAAGCAGCGAAAGAACCAGGAAUGGAGAUAUCUCCAUAGAUCUCCCCCCAGUCCCAACCCAGCAAUGGAAUCCACCACUAUAUCUUCCGCCACAGCGGACUACACCCAUCCCCUCCGGCUCAGAGGAAGAAAUUCAGCUCCGAGGCCGGCUCAGCACGGGUAUUGAAAAGAUCACCUACCGCAAAAUGAAAUCCGACAUGGGCAUGGAUGCCCCGGAUACACCUGUUUCCUUACGCAGAUAUGAGGGAUUCAAGGAUCUUGUAGUUGAUGUGGAUAGCCUGGUUGACAUGCUUUGGGUUUCGGCAACUCCGGCAAUUCAAACUGAAACCCUCAUAACCCUAGCAGGCCUAACCCAAACCUCCUUAAAAAGCUUCCCCUUCGACCCACAACCAACACUAACAAUCCUGCAUAAACUGGACUCGAUCUUUGCAGCAUUAUGUACAGGAACGCACCCACUAACGGGUGCCGCUCUUCCGGGUGCUCAGAUUGGUCAGUCGCUCGCAACGGAGACGCAGAAGGUCCGCAUUCGGAGUUUAGCGGAGAUGACCCGGUAUGAGGUUUUUUCUGCGUUGGGGGGUUCUAGUCGGGAGAUUACUGGGGAUGGGGAUGGUGAUUACGACGAUGAUGUUGAGGAUGUUGAGGAUGAUGAUGAGCCGUGGAUGUUGGAGGCUACGCAGGUUUAUGAGAAGAGUUUGAUGUUGCUUGCGGAGCAGAACCCUGGUGUGGCUGGUGAUGAUGGUGAUGUGGGUUGUGGACUUUGAAUGUAUGAUGUUUGUAUCUGGAUUGGAUAUUUUGUUCGCAUUGAGUAUUGUGGGAGUUUUGUGUUUUGUGCUAUAGGAUAG